UAAAAUUGCUAUCGUCAUCGACGUCUUCUUCUUCAUCUGCUAUUUAUUAGUUCCAUAUUCAAAAGGAUGCAACGUUUUGAUGAUCGACUGGAGUUGAAUUCCAUAUCGUAUUCAAUGAUACAAACUGAAGAAAAUCCAGAUUAUUCGGAUGACUCGUGCACUUGCGAACAUGAUCAAUUGGCUUUUGGUGACGGAUUCGGUCACAAACGACCAUUCUUCAACCACAACAAAGUUUUUUCCAAAGUUGAGAGCAACAAAAACUACGGAACGGCGACAGAGCAUGAGCUCAAUGCACCAUAUUUGAAACAAAUUGCUGAUCGAUAUGAAGCAGAGUAUGACUAUUGUAUGCGUUGGGCUUGUGACUAUAAGUACGUUGCUGCAAAAGUUAUUCCAUUUCAAUCGAAUUUUUAUUCGGUUGCAAAGCUUAUUUUCAAGGAGAAAAAUUGGGCAUUGGAUUGUGCUAACUUUGAAGGUGGAUAUGAUUUUUGUGGAUGGUUGCCAAGUGUUUCUGCUUCGAUCAGAAUGAAGAAAUCUCUGUUGACCGACUCUUCAGAGUUCACACAUCCACGUAUUGAAGCUGGCAGAACACUUCGAUCAUCGGAUACCGGUUACGGACUUAAGUCUCUUCAAACAGAUUAUUCUGACGAUAAAUUCUUAUAUUCGGAAGGCUCUGGACUGACAAAGAGUCCAAUUGAUUAUGAUGUUUACCAAAUCAUGGGCUCCGCCUCGGACAUCGAAGAGUCUCCAACAAAGAAUAGCUUCCACUCAACUCUUGAAAAUCUUUCCCCAAUUCUGAAACAUGACAUGGUGGUUGCAUCAUCUAGUGAAAUUUCUACACAAUCCCAAUCCAGCCUGAAAGCCGUUUUUCAUGACCUUGUCGAGCUGAAUCACAUUUUUGCUCAACAAGUCGAAGAGGCCGAAGCUCAAAGAAGUUCAUUUGAUGAUUAUGUAAACUGUCUCACUACUGCACGUUCAUUCUCAAAUAUUUCUCUUUCCACUCAUCAUGAUUUAGUUACUGGUGAAUCGUGGUCCGCUCCAACUUCCACUGAAGCUACCGUAGUUGCUCCAAAAAAUUCGACGAUGUUCUCUCAUUUGAUUUGUUUGAGUGGAAAGAAAUUCAACAUCGCAUUUUGGAAGAACUGGUCGAAAUCAAAAAACUAAUUUUAUUUUUUUAAAUGUUCUUUUAUUGUAUGGUAAUAAUGAAUUUUAGUAGUUU